UCUUGUUAGCUUCACACUAGGUUGUGAUGUUAGCCUGUUCUCCUGGCCGCCUGCUAGCUCUCAUCUCACCCCCCUCGGGACAACCAUGGCCGACCAGGCCUCGGGACCCCCUCUGUCGUCCCCACAUGACGAGGUGCUCCAGCAGCGAGUGGCCGCUCUGGAGCAGGAGAGGGCCGAGUUCACCAGACUCAAGCAGAAGCUGGAGGCCGAGUUCAACCAGAAGCGAGCCAAGUUCAAAGAGCUCUACGUGUCCAAGGAAGAGGAGCUGAAGAGGCAGAACGUGGUGCUGGAGGGCGCCCAGACCGAGCUGAGCUCCGUCCUGGACCAGCUGUCUCAGGCCCGGACCGAGAUGGAGACCAUCAAAACCGUCGCCACCUUGUCGGAAAACACCAAGCAGGAAGCCAUCGACCAGGUCCGCAGCCAGUGGCAGGAGGAGGUGGCCUCGCUGCAGGCCAUCAUGAAAGACACUGUGUGCGAGUACGAGGUCCAGUUCCACCAGCGUCUGGACCAGGAGCGAGCCCAGUGGAACCAGUACCGGGAGGCAGUGGAGAGGGAACUGGGAGAGCUGAGACGCCGUCUCACCGAGGGCCAGGAGGAGGAGAACCUGGAGGACGAAAUGAAAAAAGCUCAGGAGGAUGCAGAGAAGCUGCGUUCAGUGGUGAUGCCCAUGGAGCACGAGAUCGCUGCCCUGAAAUCCAAGCUGAGUACAGCUGAGGACAGGGUGAGGGAGCUGGAGGCCUCUAAGGUGAAGGAGCUCAAUCACGUUCUGGAGGCUGAGAAGUCGUGUCGUACCGACCUGGAGAUGUACGUCGCCGUGUUGAACACUCAGAAGUCCGUCCUGCAGGAAGAUGCAGAGAAACUACGGAAGGAGCUCCACGAGGUCUGCCACAAGCUGGAGUUGGAGCGGCAGCAGCACAACCAGCUGAAACACACGUGGCAGAGAGCCAACGACCAGUUCCUGGAGUCGCAGCGUCUCCUCAUGAGAGACAUGCAGCGGAUAGAGAGCGUGCUGUCCUCAGAACAGCUCCGCCAGGUGGAGGAGAUGAAGAAGAAAGACCAGGAGGAGGACGAGAAAGAGAGGCUGAGCCAAGUGAAGGAGCUGCAGGAGGAGGAUGUGGGAGACAACACGGAGCCUCUGGAGGAUUUAUUCCUCGGGCUGAGUGUCGAGGAGCCUCAUGCCAACCACAGCGGCCACGGCUCCAUGCACUCGUUGGACACUGACGUGGUGGCGGGCGGCCCCAUGGACCCCUACAAGGACAACCCGCGGGUCCAGUCCACGGACAGCCUCGGCUCCUCGCUGUCCGUCCAGCAGGGCCUCGGCGGACACAACCACAAGGCCAAGUCGGCCAGCCACCUGGACGAGUCGGACUUUGGGCCCUUGGUGGGGGCCGACUGCAGCACCACGGACAGUAGCUUCGGCGAGACCUUGUCCAUCAGCUCCAUCAAGCUGACGGCGAGCCACUUCCUGCUGACUAAAGACCAGGAGAAGGCCAUCAAGGCCAUGACGCCGGAGCAGGAGGAGACGGCGUCGCUGCUGUCCAGCAUCUCUCACGCACCCGACACCGCCUUCCUAACGCCGACCGGCUACAGACUCGUCAGCGACAGCGAGUGGAACCUGCUGCAGCAAGAGGUGAAAAACGCCGGCAGGAAGCUCGGCCGACGUUGCGACAUGUGCUCCAACUACGAGAAGCAGCUGCAGGCCAUCCAGGGACAAGAGGCCGAGACACGAGAUCAGGUGAAGAAACUACAGGUGAUGCUUCGUCAGGCCAACGAUCAGCUGGAGAGGACGAUGACGGAGAAACAGAAUUUGGAAGAUUCGGUCAAAGUGGGCAACGAGGAAACCGCUACUAAGGUGGCCGCCUUCAUGCAAAGAGUCCAGGAGUCAGAACUGCUGCUCAGCACACUACAGCAGGCCUUCAGUGAAGCAAAGAGGAACACACAGGAGCAGAUGGUGGUGCUGGUGAAGUCGAGGGAGCAGGUGGCAGACGAACUAAGCCGACUGCAGAGAGACAACGAGAGCCUGCAGGGAAAACACAGGCUGCAUGUAGAACUGCAGCAGCAGGAGGACUUCCAGAUGCCCAGUACCGUGCAAGAGCUUCAUGGCCUGGUGCUGCGGUUACGAGAGGACCUGGUGGGGUUGCGGACGUCCGCUGAUCACAUGGAGGAGAAACUGAAAGCCGAGAUUCUGUUUCUGAAGGAGCAGAACCAGGCGGAGCAAUGUCUGAAGGAGAACCUGGAGGAAACCCUGCAGCUGGAGAUCGAGGGCUGUAAGGAGGAGAUAGCAUCUUUCUCCAGUCUGAAGACGGAGCUGGAGCGAAUAAAGGCGGAGAAAGAAAAGUUGCAGAAAAGUCUAGCGGAGAAGACUGAGACCCUGGAGAGCAUCCAGGGUCUGAGGAUCAGCCUGGAGAGGCAGCUCAGAGAGCUCAGCACCACAAAGAGUGCACUAGCGAAUCAGGUGUUUGAAGAGAAAGACAAAUCUCAGCGGCUGCAGACGGAGCUGGAUGUCAGUGAGCAGGUCCAGAAGGACUUUGUCAAACUUUCUCAGACCCUUCAGGUGCAGAUGGAGCGAAUACGACAGGCGGAAUCCUUGGAUCGAAUCAAAGUCAUCCUCAAUGACACCAACCUGACGGACAUCAACCAGCUCCCGGACACAUGAUGUCACUGAAUGGAAACUGCCCCCCAAACCCCCCUCCCCUUCUUACUCUCAUUACUGGCCCCAAUAACAUUAUUGAUCCGACCCUUCCUCCUCCUCUUCCUCCUCCUCCUCCUCUAUAACCACCACUGAAGAAGAGUUUGAAAAGACAGACGUGGAAAUGAGGAGGCUUUUUUUUGUGUACAUGAAGAGUCUUGGAAACACACCGUGGAUAGAAUAAUGAAGAAGAACACUACUAAAAAAAAAAAAUGUAAAUAAGUAAAUGUGUGAGUGUGGACGGAGGGAGUCCAUCUUCCUGUGGGUCUGUGUCUCGUUUCUACUGUAGAUAUAUGACUGUCUGUAUUAGCUCGACCAAAAAAAAAAAAAAAAAAAAGGUUUGUCGUCUUCUAAAAAGCACUUUUCAUCUGCGGCUUCUCUUUCCAGGUAAAUAUAGAAAACUGUUGGAUGCAUAACUUUUCUCUUCCUUGUUCCACUCACUUGUUCUUUCCCACCUCCACCACCACCUCCACCACCACCACCUUUUCUGUGACUUUUUUCCACUUUGUUCUGGUCAUCUCACCUCGUGACAAAGACACAAUGAAGGAGAUUCAUGGAAAAAAACACUUGCACAUAACUUAACUGAGAUAAAAAUACAAAUUGAGCAAUACCCUCCAUUUCCUAAACAUCCUCUACUUUAUCUUUCUUUGUUCUUGUUCUUAAUGUCUGACACUUUUUUUUUUUUUAAGCUGCAGAAUUUACAGUGAAGAAACAUUCAUGUCAUGUUGCUAAGUUUUAUUUGUCCACACUUGUUUCUUUAUUGUUAGAGAGAUAGUUUGGAUGUUUUUUUGUGUGGUUGUAUGAAAUACUUCUAUGUUCUAGUAAAGUAAUGUUCUGCUGUGGACGUAUUUUAGACACCUAAAAGAAUCAAUAUAACUUUAAGUGUACGCUAUAUUUAGAGUAUUUUCACCUCUUUUCUUUGCUGUCAGACAGACCUUUCUGACCGAGAGCUGAAGUUAUCUAUGAUCUCUUUAAAACCACCAGUCUCCCUCAAAAAAAAUAAAUUUUACCCCAAAGAACACAUGAGUACCAUCCAAAAAUCGUUCACGUUGGUGAAUCUGAACACUUUAAAACACCAAAGUUACACAUUAAUGUAAACGAAUGAACGGAUCGAGGCAGCAGUAGAACCGGCAACUUUGUUCUGUGAGGUAAAAUGACUGUUUUUGUCAAUGGAGUCUUGUCGCUUUGAAAAAAGCCUAGAUAACGGAUUCAUUCAGUCAGAAAGGAAGGUAACAUGAGGAAAUAAUCUAAAUAUAGCGUACAUUUACACUGAUAUUGACUCUUUUAGGUGUCUCUAAUACGUCCACAGUAGUACAUUACUUUGUGCUAGUACUCCUGUCUGUUUCUACUGUAGUAAUACUCUGACUAUGAAGAAGAACUUCAUACAACCACACAUCUAAACAUCCAAACUAUCUCCUCAUGGGCACAGUUCUUGUCUGAGUAAAAAAAGUUUGGUGAAGAAGUUAAAUGGAAAAUAAUGGAUUUUAAUACACACACUGCUCCUUUUUAUUGAA